UGUUGUUAAUUUGGUAGGUUUUUGUUGAGUGGUGAAGGUGAAUAUGAAUAUAGUGGUGAUGGUAAUUGUGGGUGUGGGUUUGUGGAGUGUGAGUGGAGGUGCACAACAAGUUCCAUGCUACUUUAUUUUUGGGGACUCAUUGGCUGAUAGUGGGAACAACAACAACCUUUGGUCAUAUGCAAAGGCCAAUUAUCCGCCUUAUGGGAUCGACUACCCUUCCGGCCCAACUGGAAGGUUUUCCAAUGGCAAAACUACUGUUGAUGAAAUUGCUCAACAAUUGGGGUUGAACGGUUACAUAGCUCCAUUUUCAAGAGCUAGAGACAGAGACAUAUUUUAUGGAGUCAAUUAUGCUUCUGCAGGUGCCGGAAUUAGUGAUGAAACGGGGCAGCACCUGGGAGGCCGAACCAGUUUCAGAGGGCAGGUGCAAAACCACAUAAGAACAGUGUCCUAUAUGUUAAAUUUAUUGAGAGAUGUCAACAGAACUGCGGUUUAUCUGAAUAGGUGCAUUUAUUCAAUUGGAUUUGGUAGUGAAGAUUACCUUAACAACUAUUUCUUGCCUCAACUAUAUCGCAGCAGCACUCAAUAUGCACCAGAUCAGUUUGCUGAUCUUCUUGUUCAACAAUAUGCUCAAUUCCUCAGGGUUCUGUAUAACUACGGGGCAAGGAAAAUGGUGUUAUUUGGGGUUGCUCCGAUAGGUUGCAGCCCUUACGCAUUGGCCCAAAACAGCCCAGACGGUAGAACAUGUGUGGAAAGAUUGAAUUCCCCAAUUCAAUUAUUCAACAGCAGAGUGAGAUCUAUGGUUGAUCAACUCAACACCCAGUUGCCGAAUGCAAGACUCAUCUUCAUAAACGUUUAUGGUAUCUUUCAAAACAUAAUUAGUAACCCAUCAAGCUUUGGUUUCAGAGUGAUAAAUGGUGGGUGCUGUAGGGUAGGAAGGAACAGUGGUGUUGUUACAUGUGUGCCAAUGCAACAACCAUGCUCUAACAGAAACGAGGUAUUGUAUUGGGAUGCAUACCAUCCAAGUGAGGCUGCAAAUACUAUCGUUGGGAGGAGAGCCUUCAACGCUCCAUCUACAUCAGAUGCUUACCCUGUUGAUAUCAAUACCUUGGUUAGGACCUAAUCACAUUUUUCUUCUGCCAAAAACCUCUAGUAAUUGCAAUAACCUCUGCCAUUGUUGCUUUCAUUCUAAUGUGUAAUUUUAGGAGACGGAUUAUAUAUUUAUAUUUGUUAAUGUUUCAUUGAAAUUAUAUUUG